AUGCCAACGCAGCGGGCCACCAGGGCGGCACGUCCAGGCAGCCGCAGCAGCAUUAGCAAGGGAAGCUCGCCACCUGACGCCACCACUAGCGCCGCGGUUGACGUGCCCGUCGCCAUCGAAAAGGCCGGCGCCGCAAAGGCAGCGAAGAAAUCACGCAUCAGCAAAACGGCUGAGGGCCGCGGCGGCAGCGGGAGCGGGGCAUCCCUCGACGUGCCGGCGAACACCGUUGAGGGCUGUGUUGAUGGGGGCGGCGGCGACGGCCGGCAAGCGGGUGCGCCGCGCCGCGGCAAGCGCAAGGGGCAGCCGGUUCAGGAGCAGGCGACUGCCGUCCAGUUUUCCGAAGAAGAGGUUGCGGAGGCACGCGAGCAGCUGCUCGGCUGGUACGACCGCGUGCACCGCGUGCUCCCCUGGCGGCGCAACCCGCACUCCAGGCUGCCAGAGCGGCCGGAGCAGGCUGCAGCGGGCGUGCCGGCGGCGGAAGGCGCGCCAGCGGGGCUGGGUGCGCAGGAGUUUGCCUACCGGGUGUGGGUGUCAGAGAUCAUGCUGCAGCAGACCCAGGUGGCCACUGUUAUCCCCUACUUCCAAAAGUGGCUGGCGCGCUGGCCGACGGUUGCUGACCUGGCGGGGGCCAGCCAGGAGGACGUCAACCAGCAGUGGGCCGGCCUGGGCUACUAUCGCCGCGCACGUUAUCUGCUGGACGGGGCAAAACACGUGAUGGAGAAGCUGGACGGCAGCUUCCCAACAACCGCAGAGCGGCUGCGCGAGAUCCCGGGCGUCGGGCCGUAUACCGCGGCGGCCGUGGCGUCCAUCGCGUUCAGCGACGCCGCCGCCGCCGUCGACGGCAACGUCAUCCGCGUGGUCAGCCGGCUGCGGGCCCUGGGGGGCGACCCGACCAAAAACACCCGGGCCAUCGAGGCCCUCGCGGGGCAGCUGCUGCACCCCGCGCGGCCGGGCUGCCACAACCAGGCGCGUACCGCGUGA